UGAAUAAAAAAUUAAUAUUAUUUAAAAUAUCAUAAGAUCUCGAGCAGAUGAUACUACUCGCAACCCUCGCAAUGUUUGACGGGAAAGCAUGAGGCUACCAAAAAUCACUCUACCUGAAUUUUCUGGAAAAUUCGAAGAUUGGCUGUCGUUUCAUGAUCUAUUUGUCUCAUUAGUGCACGAUAACAAGCAUUUAAGUGGAACUCACAAAAUGUGUUACAUGCGGUCAUCUCUAAAGGGUGAAGCACUAACGGUCAUUGGCACAUUUUAACGUGUGAUGCCAGUUAUGAACCCGCAUAAGAAAUGCUAAAAAAGUGGUUUAACAACAAGUAUGUUCUGACAAAACAACACCUGAAUGCGAUCAUUAAUUGGCCAAAAUUGAGAAACAAAGGCACCAAAGGCAUACAUAACUUGGUGGACGGAUUUGAACGGCAUACGAAACUGUUGUCCCAACUAGGGGAAGAUGCAUCAGGUUAUGGUAUGCUGCUAACCCAACUUUUGGUAUCUAAGCUAGAUGAGGAAACCAAGCACGAUUGGGAGACUAGAAUUCUUGAUGCGGCAGCGGCGGACUAUCGUCUUACAGGAAGGCACCCUCAACGACGUUUAGUGGCGAAUGUUUUGGCUAGCAACUCACCAAUAGUUUGCGAAAAUUGCAACGAGGCGCAUCAUCUAUGGCGAUGUGACGCUUUCCAAUUAUUAACUCUGGAGGAGCGGGCUUCAUUCGUAAGAGCGAGAAAAUUGUGUAACAACUGUCUAUCUCCUGGACAUUGGGCGAAGACGUUUAAGUCGAGAUUCAGGUGCACUCAUUGUUCUGGUAAGCAUCAUACUUUAAUGCAUGGUAAUUUAAAGCUGGAACAGAGCAUUCAGCCAAAAGAUCGACGUUUCGAUAGACAGCACGAGGUAACUAAUUUGACGGCUAUUAGUAUUCCAGUAGCAAAAGCGAAUCAAGUGUUGCUAUCUACGGCAAUUAUAAAGGUUAAAUCAGCAAACGGGCAAUGGAUUUUUGUGAAAGCCCUAUUAGAUAAUGUUGCACAAGUCAAUUUGAUGACAGAAGCUCUCUGUGAACGACUUGGUUUGGCGAAAAACAUAAAUAGCAUGCGGCUGUUUGGUGUUGGUAGGCGGAGUGUUUCUACCUCAAGAUCCGUAUCCACAUCAAAUGCUGCUCGAAAAGAGAAGUAUGAGCAGCAGAUGGAUUUUGUGUUUAUGCCGAGGAUUACUGAAUAUCAACCAAGUGUAGACGUAACAGCAAUAAGAACCAACUUACCUAGAGAUUUCGACUUUGCCGAUCCAAAUUUUGAUGAAAUGCAAGACAUAGAAUUGCUAUUGAGAUCGGAUUUUUUGUCAUUUUUUUGUCAGUCGAAGGAAACCGACCUUAUAUUAGAAAGGCCGAAGGACCACUACCAGCUUUAG